AUGACAAGCAUAUUUUCGUCAAAUCGUCAGACUACAAGACUGACUUGUGGGUUCAAAGUGAACACUAGCUCUCCCGAAUGGCACAAGAGCAUGACGAAAAUUCUUAAGAAAAUCAAAGGAGGAAACUUUUGGAUAGACGUGGACGAAGGAAUGGCUUACGUAACUGGUCAUGGUAACCCAAACAAGCUAUUGAAAUUGAUGGCUUCAAGUAAAGGCAAAGACGCUGAAAUGGCCUUUGUGAAAACCGGAACACAUCAUCAUCAUGAUCAUUCCAAUUUUGGCAGCAACUAUCAAAACUCUUACUUUGGCCAAUCAACGCCUUAUUGGCCGGGGGGUGUGAAUAUGAGCAGCUAUCCAUCAGCGUCUCACGGUUACUACCCUUCGGCACCACCAGCCAUGCAACCUUAUCAACAACAAUAUCCUUAUUCGGGUGGAUACGGUUACGGUGGUUAUUAUUAGGGCUUUAUGUAGUUCUAUUUUAUACAACUACUUAUGUCGAGAUCAAGCAAAACCCUUCUUUUUAAUCAAGGGAUUUCUGCUUGUAUCCAUUUUUUUUGCUUUUUUGAUGAAAAAAUCUCUCUGCGAUUUAUUAGUAUUAGCAGAAGAGGAUCGAGGAGAAUUAAUUUCUCUGUUUUG